UGUGCGGGGCCUCGGGAUUUGGCCCCGACGUGUCACGCGCUGGCUCGAACCCUUGGGGAAUUUUCAAGUGAAGGCGAAUUGUGUUUAGUUGGCGGACAGGCUGACAGUACUCUUUUUGCGGAAUGAAUUUAGGUACAUGAGUCUGGAGACUAGCAUGAGGUCCAGAUGUUUCAGGUGUGGGUACCAGCUCGGACCCACAGCAGACACAGAAAGCAGCCUUGGAGCUUCCCUUAUGGCACUAAGUGUAGAAACUUGUGGGCGUGAGGGUGCCAUAGGUCCUUUCUCCUGGGGAGCUUUGGCCAUGAGGUUUUGUUGUUGUUGUUGUUGUUUGUUUGUUUUUUUAAAAAGGAGGGCAGACCACUUGUGUCUGCAUGAACACACAUUGUCACAAACCUUCUGGAUCGCCCAUGUGUCCCUUAGAAGCCCACCCAUUCGUUCUUCCCAUAGAACCCUUUCUCCCCCUCCCUCUCCCCUGUUAAGUUAGCCCCUAACUCUAGCAUUUAGGGAGCUGCCUUUUUGUGGGCCACCAUUUGCGUACAUAUGCAACUCUUUUUUCUUACUGUUAAUCGGUCAGUUAAAUUUGCAUGUUCAGGCACUGAACGGAGGAAGAAAAGAGCCACCCGCAAGGAGACUUCACCGGUGGCCUUGAAAUAGUCCUGCUCCGUCCUUCAGCUAGAGCAGCAGAAGCCGACCGCUAGGCUCUUGCAAGACUGUUCUCUGGGUCUUUCAGUGGCACCGGCUCACGCCUGUCACGGGGACCGUCGUUGCUGGACACACUCCUCAGCUUGGAGAGCAGAAGAGGAUGGUGGCUUUUUUGCUGCGUAAACUGACCACGGUCUCUGAUGGAGGCGGCCUCGAGGAGCCAUCCUUUGUCGAACCCGGAAAGCGUGUGCAGGAACCAGAGCACAGGACGGGUCUGACUCGGUGCCUCCUUGAGAAGCAGAGGACUGCCGUGGAGCCGGAGACGGUGGUCCGUUCCCUCCGGGACCUGGGUUUCAGUGAUGUCCACGCUCAUGAGUUGCUGCGUCUGCAGCCAGGUACCCGCCCUCAGCAGUUGCUGGACAUCAUUUCAGAAUUAAUGCUCUUGGGUCUGAAUCCAGAACCUGUGUGUGUGGCCUUGAAGAGAAGCCCUCAACUGUUGGACCUGCCUGUGAUGCAGAUGAAGAAGCGCUCCAGUUACCUGCGGAAGCUUGGGCUCGGAGAGGGGAGACUGAAGAGGGUCCUUCAGUGCUGCCCUGAAAUUUUCACCAUGCGUCAGCGGGACCUGGAGAGCAUCGUCGGGGUUCUCAGGGAGAGGUGCCUUUUCACGGUAAAGCAAGUAACGGAGGUUUUGCACAGAUGCCCCCAUGUGCUCCGGGAGGACCCUGCUGAGCUGGAAUACAAAUUCCAGUAUGCGUAUUUCAGGAUGGGGCUCAGGCCCGCGGACGUGGUGAGGACUGACUUCCUGCAGUACCCCAUGGCCAAGAUCAAGCAGAGGCACGUGUUCCUGGAGCGCCUGGGCCGCUACCAAACCCCCGACAAGAAGGGGCAGACGCAGGUCCCCAACCCUUUGCUCAAGGGCAUCCUCAGAGUUUCAGAAGCUGAGUUUCUGGCCAGGACAGCCUGUGCUUCUGCGGAGGAGUUUGAGGUCUUUAAGAAGCUCUUGGCUCGGGAGGAAGAGGAGACCGAGGAGCGCGGGGCUGCUGACGACAGUCGGGCGGGGGAGGAGGGGGAGGAGGACGAGGCGGGGGAGGAGGGGGGGAGGAGGGGCAGCGGGAGCCGUGACGGGAGGACGGGGGGCCAGGAGCCCAGAGAGACGGAAGCGGAGUUUCAUUUUCUCACGGCUUUUGGGAACUGCAUUUUGGAUCUGCUCGGGUUAUUUUUUAUUCUAGAACUGGUCUUUGAGGAGUGACUUGCUGGCCUGCCCAUCAAGGAUUCAGCAUGUCACGGCUGUGGCAGAAAGGGUUCUCUCCCUGGCCUGGGACCUUCCGCAUGCCGCGGGCAUGGUUCCCUCAAAAAACCCCAAAAACAAACAAAACUGGCUUUUUUCUUUAUUUUUUGUCUCUUUGUGCCUUUUCUAGGGCCACUCCCGCAGCACAUGGAGGUUCCCAGGCUAGGGGUCGAAUUGGAGCUGUAGCCGCUGGCCUCCACCACAGCCACAGCAACACGGGAUCUGAGCCUCGUCUACAACCUACACCACAGCUCACGGCAGUGCCGGAUCCUCAACCCACUGAGCGAGGCCAGGGAUCGAACCCGCAACCUUGUGGUUCCUAGUCGGAUUCGUUAACCCCUGAGCCACGACGGGAACUCCAUAACUGGCCUUUUAAUGGAAAGUUUUUAGAAAUCACUUGAGAAGUGGACCCAUCAAACCACAGAGCAGACGGCUCCGUUUGCUCCACUGUCAGGCUCUGCGCAGAGGGCCCUGCUCCGUCCUGAAUAAAAGCUGACGUCGAGCUCCGAACAUCGGGGCCCAGCCUCAGCCUUUGGUUUCGC